UCAACCGGAAACCAAACUUUUUUCUGCGAACUUUUUUUUCACUGAGGCUAAACAGGAAAAAAAAGUCAGAGACGACCCUUGGUGUCAUAAACGGUACGGUUCCUUAUUUUCUUCAUUGACGUGUGCUGUUGGAAAUGUGUCAGCGGCCGACCAACUGGGGAGACGUAAACAGUUUCUGGCGAGGAUAAGGGCGACGUCGAGUGAUUUCAGGCUGCUCAGCGCUCACAUAACGGAUUUUGGUCCUUUAUCAUGGAAGAUGGUGCGAAAGAGGACCCAGCCCAGAGUAAAGAGCCAAAGUUCCUGGGUAAGGCUGGCUGGGUGAAGAAGGCCCCCGGCAGACUGCUGGCGAGCUAUAAGGACCGCUACAUCCAUGUGGAGAAGACAGAGAUUGUGGUGUAUGAAAAUGAGGACCUGCAGAACUGCUUAGAGAGGCUCGACCUGGAAAACUACGAUCAUUGUCAUGAAUUAAAGAGCCCCUUCAAGAAGAAGCACAGACUGAUUCUGAUUCGAUCAUCCAAGCCUGGAAAUAAGGUCCAUGAUGUGAAGUUUCAAGCGGCAUCUGCCGAGGAGAAAGACGCCUGGAUUAAAGCUCUGCUCGAUGGCAUCAAUCGAGCAAAGAACAAAAUCUUUGAUGAGGUGACGGUUGAUGAAAGCAGUAAUUUAGAGCAUGUUACUCGAUCAAGGCCCAAAGGAAACCGUAACCGACGGCCACCAACCAGGAUACACAUGAAAGAGAUAGCUGAUGUGUCGUCUGAUGGUAUCCUGCGCUUGGAUCUUGAUCUUGAAGAUGCCACAAUUCCUAAUGGGACCCAUCAUGCAACUGUUGACGGCACUGGAGCCCCCAAAGUGGCCCAGGAGGCAGGAGGUGCUGAGGAGGAGGCUAAGACUGAGCCAGAGGUCAGUCCCCAGAAAAAGGUCCUCAAACCUCCCAUGCCCCCCAUCAAAGAGGCUAAACCCAGUACAAUACCUGAGGAUGAACCAGAUAAGGAUGAAGCCCCUGAGAAAAAGGUCCUCAAACCUCCCAUGCCCCCCACUAAAGAGGCGAAACCCAGUACAACACCUGAGGAUGAACCAGAUAAGGAUGAAGCCCCCGAGAAAAAGGUCCUCAAACCUCCCAUGCCCCCCACGAAAGAGGCGAAACCCAUUACAACACCUGAGGAUGAACCGGAUAAGGAUGAGAAAAAGGUCCUGAAGCCACCUAUGCCUCUGUCUAAGGAAGCCAAGCCCUGCGCUUCACCUGUUGAAGAAGCUACAGAGGAGGACAAAGCUGAGAAGGUGGCUGAAAAGAGUCCUGAUGCCAGGAAAAAGACAGUUCCACCACCAACCCCUCCCAACAAACCCAGCUCCAGCGGCUCCAUAAGCAACCUUGUAGAGGCCUCACAGUCCAGGCCGAACUCCCCUCCCACCCCUCCAUCCAAAGAGAAGAAGCCCUCCCAUCCUACUGUGGAGCCGGACCAAGAGGUUCAAGACACGGCUGAUGAGAAUGAGGAGAAGGAGGAAGGUGAUAAGAAGGAGGCAACAGGAGAAGCUGUGGAAACAGAUGAGGCUACACCCAGUGUCAAAGAUGAUAAACCUGAGAGUCCCAGCGAAGAAGGAGAGGUUUCUGAAGAAGAAUCAGGGGAGAGUAGUGGCGUAAACGAAGCAUCCGACAGUGAGCCCCAAAUCCCUGCAGAGCCCAUCAGAAAGAGCCCCAGUCCUCUUCUAACCCCCAAGAAAAAGCCUGAGAAACCUGUUGAGCCUGACACGCAACACACAGAUGACAACACAACUGUAAUGCAGACUAAUGAGGGACAGGACCCCACUGCAUCACUGCAAACAGCCUCAGAUACCUCAGCCAGUUCUCCUCAAGCAGAAGAGGCACCACCCAAGAGUGAACCCCCCUCAGUAGUUGUCUCUUUGGAUGACAGCCUCAACUUGAGUCCACUGAUCUGUCACUUGCCCGGGGAGAAGAAAAAGAAGACAGAGGAGAAGUCUGUAGACAGUGGUCAGCACUCAGAUGAUGAUAGCGAAGGCUCUGGGACUGAAGACACACUGGCAACUUCCACGGCUGCAUUGAGAGGAAGCCAUCCUAGUCUGGAUGUGUUGGACACCAGUGAGGAUGACGUUCAGAUCCCUGUUAGUAUAAGGCUUACAAAGGUCCCACCCAAGCCUCAGGUUAGACCAAAGGUCUUUCCCUUUCAGCGCUCGCAUCCCACUCCUCCUCUCAAACCCUCAGUCAAGGCCAGGUCGGCCUCCAGCGGAGAUCUGCUGUCUGACUCUUCAGUCUGUAUUCAGGUGACACAACAUAGCACACCAGUGGCUGGAGGUGACAGGCCUCCUAGUGUUGAUGUCAUAAAACUUGAGACUGAGGUGGCGCUGGAGAUGGAAAAGACAAAGGAGCUCCUGAGCCAAGUGUCCCAGUCCGAGGAGGGAGGUGAUGCGGCGGGCAUGCCCCAGGAUCUGCUGGCCCAGGCCAUGGAGAAGCUGCAGAAGGCUGACGAUGUCCUCAGGGAGGUCAAUAAACUGAAAAUUGCAAAGAGCCCAUGCAACAGGAAGAGCUGGUGAAUGUCAGUCAGAGCAGAUUGACUUGGAACUGACCGUUCGCUAAAAGCUUCUCCUGAACAGUGAUUGUCCAGUCAUGGCAUAGCAACCGGCCUGUCAAGCUUUGGAUUUCUUCACAUACGGGCGGCUAAAGUAGAAGUAAUAUUCAGUUUACAAAGGCUUUGGAGGGCCAUGUCUUUGUGGCCUGUCCAAAACCAAAAACACAAGCAAAGAUUUAAGGAAUUGAUUUAACAAUAUGUUUAUCUGCCCUAAUGUGAGCUGCAACCGUUAGCAUGUCUGGCUAACUAGCUUACUACCUACAGUAGUAACUGAGCGGUACUUUCAAGGUCUUUCUAGUAACCUAUCAUUAAGCUACAAUGAGGUUACAGUUGAAAAAACAAAAACCUAUUCACAGCUAGCACAGAAAUGAGUAAGCCUCCUGCAGCUCUUUAGAAAAGGCAGACAUUCCCUGCAGCAUAACAGCUAACCGUUAGCGUGACAUUACUGACAAGUUCUGACAGAAAAGCCCGCACCUCUGGCUCAUACCCUAGUAACAGGCUUGACAACGACACAUUGAUUGACACAUAUAUGAAUUCAGAUGUGUGAUGCAUUGUUGUUAUUAAUAUAUAUAUAUCGAGUUAGGUACUCCUGCAGUGAAUCCUCAUACCUCCAUACCCGUGAAAUAGUGCCCCAUGAAUGACGUUAUGUCUGUAAGGUAAAGAUACGGAGGUUAAGUUCAGGAAAAGACACAUGGUAACGAUGUACCUUAACAUAACUCAAAGUUCACACGGUUCCAAACACCAGUUUUGUGACCCGUCCACCACCAACCUGCCUCCUUUCUGACUCCGGACAGGGCAUUGUUCACAUGAUCACAGCCUUCCCAGACACGUGGAUUAUACUCAGACUACUGGCUCAUGAUCACGCAGGAUGUGUACAAAUUUUGGGGCAUUACUUUUUGUAGGAAAAAGUACAAACAGUGCAUGAGAACAGCCUGAAUAAUGAGUGGGACAGAACAUGAUAAACGCCUACGCUAGUGCUGAAAUUAGUAAAACGUGUAUAAUCAGUAUUUUGAUUGUGCUUAAAAUUCGGACAGUUGGUAGUAAAUGUUAAAAAAACAGAUAUUUACAGAUAUUUGUCGGGCCUCAUGACAUGACAACAAACCGAGAUGUCUAAUCACCAUGCACUAUGGAAGCUGCUAUUUCCCCAUUGUGUGGAGGUCGGUUGUGAAUACCAUCAGAGUUUAAGGCCCAGACGCACCAAACUUAAAAGGACUAGUGACAACAAAAGCCCCCUGCCGUGUCGCCUCCCUGUGUCUCGGUCAAAAAGUUGCACAUGAACACACCGCAAAAAUUUCAACCGACGGCCAACCAGCACGUAGACAGCAGACACCGGAAGACCGUUUUGACACUAGUUAGCAUGUUAGCAACACAAUCUCAUGUUGAAAGAACAGAGCAUGUUUACUGUGAGCCAGUAAACAGAAAAGAGCUAAAUGGUGAAAGAAAAAUACCUGAUGUUACAAGUUUGUUUUGCUCUCACUCCCUCUUGACUUUAGCUCUUUGUUUACUUUCCUCACUUCUGUUUCUUUACUUGUGCGCUGAGCGGAACUACCAGUCAGAGUGAUUGCAUUCACUGAUGGGCUUCGCUGCCGUCCACACCAAAUUCAACAUGCUGAAGUGGCAGAAAAUAAGCAAACUAGCCCAGAUGAUGGCCAGUGGUGCAAGACACACUGCAGCAACGAGGGCCACAGCCCAGUGGCCCAACAUUGACCAACGACCAACUGUCGGCUUGGUGUGUCAGGGCCUUUAGACGAACGUUAGCUUCUCUGUCCUUCUUUUCAUUGGAUUUCGUCAAGUUUACACCCCAGCAAACCCAGGCAACAUGACCCAGGAUAUUGUUCCUUUUACCAAAUACAUUCUAAAAGCCUUUUACCUUGUAAUGUUAAUAGUUUAGAUUGGUUUAUUUGAGAGGGGACAAAUUAAUAAAUACACAUGGUAUAAAAGAUGUCGAAAUUCGCCACAAAGCUAUUUUUCAUCUGUAAUGCUUUGGCUGAGAUGUUACACAAGGCUACCUAAAAUACAACAAAGCACAAAAAACUGAGGUGUCUGUUAACAAUUAAAAGUAAUUCGUACAGUUUAAAUGGAAACAGCACAGUUUUUAAUCAACUUGCGGAGCUAACAUUAGACUGUGUAUCUAAUUGGAAAAAACUGUAUGAUAUUUCAGUGGGCAAAAUCAAUAGCUAGCUCGAAAUGAGAAGUUGCUUUUGUCUUUCUCUUAUGAAAUGGUUCCCUGUGACUUUCUAAAGAAUCAGCAGUUAUAGCCUAUGUAAUGAAAUGGAAAGCCUGACGGAUGUAGCAACACACGCUAAGGAGUUCAGGGUUUAGCGAACGGUCAGUUGAUGAACUUGUGCAGAAAAUUUUUUGAUGGUCAUGCAGCACAUGCAAUUGUUCGCCUAUAAAUAACUAAGUGCAAUUAUUUCUAGUUUAACUUUCCCUGUAGCUGAAGGUAAUGCUUAAUGUUCUACUGUGUAUUGUUUAUUUUUUGUAUUAUAUGAAAUAUCGGACAUUUUCAAGAAGGAUUACUUGAAAGUUAAUUAGAGAAUAAAUAAUAUAAUGACAAAGCAGUACUGUCAGUACAAUAAGAACAUGCAAAUAAAGUACUAAAAAGUGUUAAUACCAAAUUACACAACAACUUUAAUAGUGUACUCGUCUUUGUGGAUUAAAGAGGCUUAGAUUAUAUGUUUUUCUGGCAGUUUAUAUGAGGGAGUUUAUAUUGUACAUAGUUUAUACUUUACCAUAGCAUAUGCUGUUUAUUGUUGAUGAGGAAAGAUGAACCAGCCCAGCUCAGGAGUUUUCUGAAAUUAACCUUUUCAGACUAAUCAUGUGAUUAAAGCAAAAAUGAAGAACUGCUUCUCCACUUAGAAUGAUUACAGUUUAUGUCAUACUGAUUUUGUACAUAACAGAACAAAGAGCUUGUAGCAGCACUUUCGGCUCACUAACCUCUCUUUUAGUUUGAUUUUAUGAGGCACAUGUGCUCCUCAGUGAUUUUCCUCACAAUUUGAAUCAUGAUCUCUGAGGGAUUCCCCCUAUUUGUUGUCUAAUGCUUUGUCAAAAAAUGUGAUGGUAGUGUUUAAGACUAUUUUGAAUAAAUCAUACCAUUUAGAGUAUGCAAGAAUAUUUUCUAACAUUAGAUAUAAUUUUGUACGCUGAUAAAAUUUGCUACUGCCCAAAUAAACAAAGGGAAACUAUC